CCUCCAAAUAAAAAGAAAAAAGAGAAAGAACGUUGCACAGCUCUUCAGGAUAAGCUUCUUGAAGAGGAGAAGAAGCAGCUGGAGCAUGUGCAGAGGGUUCUGCAGAGACUGAAACUAGAGAAGGAUAACUGGCUUCUGGCAAAGUCCACCAAAAAUGAGACUAUCACAAAAUUUUUGCAGUUAUGUAUAUUUCCUCGGUGCAUUUUUUCGGCAAUCGAUGCAGUUUAUUGCGCUCAUUUUGUAGAACUGGUGCAUCAACAGAAAACACCUAACUUCUCCACGCUUCUCUGCUAUGACAGAGUUUUCUCUGAUAUUAUAUAUACAGUUGCAAGUUGCACUGAAAAUGAAGCUAGUAGGUAUGGCAGGUUUUUAUGCUGUAUGCUGGAGACUGUGACUAGAUGGCACAGUGACAGAGUCAUAUAUGAAAAGGAAUGUGGCAACUAUCCAGGCUUCCUAACUAUAUUACGGGCAACUGGAUUUGAUGGUGGAAAUAAAGCUGAUCAGUUGGAUUAUGAGAAUUUUCGACAUGUGGUACACAAAUGGCACUAUAAAUUAACUAAGGCUUCUGUGCACUGCCUUGAAACAGGUGAAUAUACACAUAUCAGAAAUAUCCUGAUUGUGCUGACCAAAAUCCUUCCAUGGUAUCCAAAAGUGCUGAACCUGGGCCAAGCCUUGGAAAGAAGAGUGCACAAGAUAUGUCAAGAAGAGAAAGAGAAGAGACCUGAUCUAUAUGCAUUGGCUAUGGGCUAUUCUGGGCAGUUGAAAAGUAGGAAGCCUUUCAUGAUACCUGAAAAUGAAUUCCACCACAAAGACCCACCUGCCAGGAAUGCUGUAGCUGCAACAGUACAAAAUGGGCCAGGUGGUGCUGGGAUGCCUACAUCUCUCACAAUAAAUACGGUUAGACUGGAAGAAGGCACUACUGAGGAGACUGAUAAACUAAAGGAGAAGUCUCAGGGUGUGGUGAAAGUUAUUAAUAAAGCUGUCAACGCUACUCCAAAAGUGACAACAAGCAAUGGAAACAGUGCUUCUAAUAGCAAAAUUAUUAAAGAAAAAGAUGAUAAAGAAAAAAGUGGGAAGGAAAAAGAUAAAGAAAAAAAAGACAAGACUCCAGCUGCCACUCCAGAGAUGAAGGCACUUGGGAAGGAUGGAAAGGAUAAACCAAAGGAAGAACGGGCAAACAAAGAUGAUAAAGCACGAGAGAUCAAGGAGAAAACGCCAAAAUCUGACAAAGAGAAGGAAAAAGUGAAGAAAGAAGAAAAAGCUUCAAAAGAAGAAAAAUCCAAGACAGUUGUUACCAUCGUUGAGUCAAAGUCAACUGCAGAAAAGGAGAGAGAAAAGGAGCCGUCCAGAGAAAGAGAUGUAGCGAAGGAAAUGAAAUCCAAGGAAAAUGCUAAAGGAGGAGAAAAGGUGCCAGUAGCUGGGUCCUUGAAGUCACCUGUUCCCAGAUCAGAAACAUCAGAAUCUGAAAGGGAACAAAAACGCCGCAAAGUUGAUACACAUUCUUCUCCAUCACAUUCCUCAACAGUAAAGGACAACCUCAACGAACUCAAGGACUCUUCAGCAAAGCACUACAUUAACCACACUACUCCAACACUGUCCAAGAGUAAGGAGAGAGAAGUGGACAAGAAAGAUUUGGACAAGUCAAGGGAAAGAUCCAGAGAGAGAGAGAAGAAAGAUGAAAAGGACAGGAAAGAUCGAAAAAGGGAUCAUUCAAACAGUGACCGAGAGAUACCACAGGAUUCAACUAAACGACGCAAGGAGGAAAAUGGGACAACUGGUUCUUCAAAACAUAGUAAAAGUGAAAGUCCUUCUGAUUCUCCUCGCUUAAAUGAAAAGGAGAAGGAGAAGAACAAAUCAAAAUCUUCAGGAAAAGAGAAAGGUGAUUCAAUUAAAGCAGAAAAGAUGGAGAAGAGCUCCUCUGGUAGCAAAAAGGAAUCAAGACAUGAUAAAGAAAAAACAGAAAAGAAGGAAAAACGAGACAGUACUGGAGGGAAAGAAGAAAAGAAACAUCAUAAAUCUUCAGACAAGCACAGAUAAUGAAGACUGUUUCAGUCAAAGUGAGAUUGAAAUAAGAAGAUAUCCAGCUGUGACCAGAAAUGUAUUUUCCAGAGUAUAGAUUGCACAGAAAUUUGUGAAUGAAGAGGACCCAUCUGCAUCUCCUUAAAUUAUUCAGUUCUCUGCUUUAUUUCCCCAUGCUAAAGAUUUAAUUGUUGAGUUGUACAUUACUGUAUUUUAACUUGUUGCUUAGUUUCUUACACAUUUAUUUUCAGUACCUGGCUGAAAGUGUUACCUAUUCCAUAUUUUAGCACAAUGUGCUGCAAACAAACAGUUGCCAUAGUGCAAAUGAGGUUUCAUGUGUACAGAGUUCCACUUUAGGUUGUCGAAAAUACUGCCUGAGUUUAGUAAUUCUUUCAAUCUGAAAUGCAUUCUUUUAGAUGUUUGAAAACCACAAAUAAACAGUUAUUGAACCUUUUUGGAUUUACCUCAUUUAAACUCAGUUUUUAUUUAUUACCUGGCCUGUUUUUAAUAUCGGUGACUAAAAAAAAAAAAGUCAAGUGGGAGCACUGUUUUCAUGCAAUGCUUAGGGAUUAUUUGUAUAUUGUGUACAACGUUGACUUGUUUAAAGAAACACAGAAUGAACCCUGUCCCUUCCAUCCCAACCUAAACCUGUGCUCAGUUGUCCCUUGCCACACCUUUUGUUUGUCAUGUUGUUUUUAGAUUGAUCGGAAAUGCUCUCUUCAAAACUGAAAUAAAUUAAGUUUCAGUUACAGCUACAGGAGCUUUGUAUUGCUGAACUUUAGUCUGAAAAGUUUCACAAUGACAUUUUUAAAAAAAAAAAAAAAUUUUUUUAUCUGCUGAAUUCUACCAGUGUAACCUUUUUUCUAAAUAAACAAUAGUUUUCUCAA